AUGUAAUCAAUUAAACCAAUAGUUCAAUAAAUCUCUUAUGCCAGACAAGGAAUAAAUGAGAAAAAAAAUAUUUCAGAGAAUAUAGAAAAAAUGAAGGCCGCAUUUGAUUAAUUGGCACCAGCAAUUAGAAAUUAGCAAGAUUACAUUUAAAAUAUGAAUCCAUCUUCAAUUUAGGUUAAGGAUGGAGCAGAGAAAUUAUAAGAAUAAAAAAGAUAUUUCUUAAGAUUUCUUGAUUUAAUGAAUUAUGAGUUAUCUGAAUUGCUAAAUAUUGCAAGAAAUACUAUGGGUUUGAAAGAUAGAAAUACAAAUCCAGAUCCUUUUUGGGAAAAAAUUCUUUAUUAAAAAGUUAAAUUUAUAGAAUCAAUAAAGGAUUAAUUGACUCCUGAUACGAAUUAUUUUGAAUUGCUCUUUAAGACUUUAAAUUUAAGGGAUAAUCUAAUAAUAUAAUUUAUAAAAGGAUUAUUACAUAGAAAACUUCUUUUAUGGAAAGACAUGAAUAUAAGAAAUGAACCUUUUGUUCAUGCUUAGAUUAAAGCGUUGUUAAAUAAUAUUGAAUCUAAAUAAACAAAAGGUUAAAUUGUAAGUGAGAAGUUGGAAUUUAAAGAAAUUGAUUUUGUAAGUGAAAUAAUAGCAGGAGUUUGGAGAUAUUAAUUAGAAUCGAAAGAGGAGAGUUAUUCAAUAGGAAUAUUUUUUAAUUUAUUAAAAGAUACUUAUGAUGAUUUAAUUACAAGUUUAUUAAAUUAUUGUAAUUUAUCAUCAGAUCCAGCUGCAUUAAAAUAAGUAACAAAUAAUUCAAAGUAAGUUUAAAGUCUUAGACAAUAAAUAGAAAUUUUGGUUGAUGAAAAUGAAAAGUUAACUAAGUAAUUAAAUGAAUUGAAAGUUACUAAAAGAUCUAAUGAGUUUGUGGAAAUUAAAAGAUUAUAAUAAGUGAUUGAAGAAUUGGAAGUUAAUUUAUCUAGAAAAACUAGAGAAAUAGAUGAACUAAUGGCUAAUUCUAAGGGAAGUUUAAGUUUAAUAUAGAAUUUAAGAGAAAAAUUAAAGGAUGUUGAGGAAGAAAAUCAUCGAUAUAAUAAUAUAUUUUUUCCAAAAUAAAAAGAUAUAGAGUAAUAGACAGCAAAAUUAUUGGAUGAAUUUUUAUAAAUUAAAAAAGAUAUUGAUACAUAUAGUUCAUUGUUUAAAAUGGAGAGUUAAAUAAGAGAAAAAGCUCUGAAAAGUAAAGAGUAAUCUGAAGAUUAAGUGUAAAAGUUAGUUGAUAUGUUAGGAAGAUCUAAAUAAAAAGUAUAAAUAUAAAAAUAAAUAAAAGAAUAAAGAACUUUAAGAAGUUAUAAAAUAAAAAGAAUCAAUUAUUAAUAAAGUAUUAGAAGCUAAAAGGUAAAAUAUGGAGGAAAUUUAAAAUUUUAAAAAGGAAGUUACUAGUCACAAAGACUUAGUUAUAUAUGAGGUAAUUUUAUAAAAGAUCUUAGUAAAAUAGAGUCAAAGAGGUGUAAAUAUAGUUUGAUGUAUUGGAGAAAAAGUAUUAAGACAUGUUUGAAAUUAAUACACAUUUUAAUAAAAGAAUAUAUGAGCUGGAAAGAUAAAAAAAGGAAUUACUUGAUAUCUUAAAGAGUCAUGAUAUCGAACCAGAUCCAACUAAAUUAAGUAUAAUCAAUUAAUCAUAAGAAUAAUGA